AUGUGCUGAUCUGGAGCAAGACAUUUACAUCUGGAUCUGCUCCAAAGUUGGAAACCGAUCUAUCCGACGAUCAGUCCCUCAAAGGAGACGAACUCCAUACUUUCGUAUGACAAAUGCAUGACCGAAAUAGGCAUUUUGCCAUCUUGUUCAUCUUUCUGGGCUGAGCUUUGAGUCGAACCAUAGUCUGGGCCGAACGUCAUCAGGGAUCUUUUGACCUCACGUUUCCGAAUGUCCACUCAAGUGUCACCAAUCUCGGUUCCACCCCACAGCCGUCAUAUCCGUUGAUUGGUCCUCAUCCAACGCCUUGUAUUCCAUAUGUCUGGGACCACUUGUCGUCAAUUGUCUAUUCUGCUUGUCACGGACAUUUCACGACAGCAGAUUCCGGUCCUUGCGCAAUCUCAAAGGCCUCAACCUGCCAGGCAAGAGACAAUCCAGAGGCGAAUGUCUCUCCACAAUUGACAAGCUUCACCGCUAGUUAUAUACCUCUGCGCACCUCCAAGAUGCAGCUUCACUUUUUAAGCCUUUUCGACGACUCAAUUUCCUUCUUGACCCAGCUCGUCAGCCUAUUUGCUUCCUCAAGAUGACUUUUAUCGCACCUCUAGCAAUCCUGCUCGUGUCCCUAGGUCUGGCCUCGGCGCGACAGUGUCAGAAUUUGACUAUUCCCCUCUCAAUCUCUGCCCUUAAUGCCAACUUUAGCAUUUCCGCUCCUCAAGACAACAUCGAAGUUACAGAUUUCAUUUUGAACCUCUCACAACAGGGCAGCAACUACACUGAGACUGUUUUGAGCAACUACACGGAUAUAUCGGACAAUUAUACCAUUGCCGCUACCUAUUGCACCCCUGAUGCGGGUGCUGGAUCUGUUCUUCAGAUUUUGACUCACGGCAUCGGAUUUGAUAGAAGGUAUUGGGAUAUUUCCUUCAACAAUUUCAACUAUUCCUACGUUCAAACUGCAGUUGACCAAUACAACUAUUCCACCCUGUCGCACGACCGUCUCGGUAUCGGGGAAAGCUCCCAUGGCGACCCCGUCAAUGAAAUCCAGGCUGCCCUUGAGAUCGCAGCCCUCAAAGAACUCACCCGACUUGCUCGCAACCAGCAAAUUCAAGGCAUCGGAGAUCAAUUUCAAAGCGUUGUUCACGUCGGCCACUCAUUUGGAUCAGUUCAAACCUACGCUCUCGCACGCGAUGAACCCAAUCUCUCCGACGGAUUGAUCUUGACGGGAUUCAGUCAAAAUGGUACUUUCCUACCGUUUUUCCAACUCGGUGGAAAUUUCGUCGCUGUGUCCAGCAACCAAGUCCUCGCAAGCCAAUAUGUUGCCGGAUACUUGGCGGCCGGGAACCCUUCAGCCGUGCAGGCCAAUUUCUUCUCCCCGGGCCAGUUCGACCCUGACAUCCUCAGCCUGGCCGCACAGACGGGCCAACCCGUCACAGUGGGAGAAUUGCUCACGAUUGGUGGCGCUACGUAUGGUAACAGUACAUUCCAAGGGCCGGUGCUGGUCGUUACGGGCGAACGAGACGUUCCUUUCUGCGGUGGUGACUGUCGUGCUACAGGUGACGACUCGAACAAUGCCACUAUUAUUGAUGCUGUCGAGGAGUAUUUCCCCAACGCCACCGUCUUUGAAGCCUUCCUCGUCCCCAGUGCGGGUCAUGGCUUGAACCUCGAGUACUCGCACAAUACCACAUAUCAGUACAUCGCGCAGUUUCUACAGACGAAUGGCCUCAAGGCAUGA